CAGUCUAGUGCAGUUUAGUGCAGUCAAGUGUAAUAUAGUGCAGUGUAGUGCAGUCUAAUACAGUAGAUAUACCAUAUGAUUUAUCUAAAUUACUAGAAGACAAUGGAUGAGCGAUUCCUGUAUUUAGGAAAAMSGAGCAACGAACAGACUUGUAAAGAACUUCAAGGAAACCUGAAAGAAUUCAACCCAAGACUAGUUACACUUUCUACUUUAGCUCAAAAAGGAGACGACAAGCUUGUGGAUAAGUUUCUUACAGAAAAUGUGCAGAUUGAAGGAGAUGUUAAUCAAAAGAUUCAAAGCCAACUUUAUAUUGCUUCGUUUUGGGGAUUUUAUGAUGUGGUAAAAAGUCUGCUGGAUAAUGAUGCAGAUCUGAAUGUGAAAAACAAGGGCACAGGAUGGACGCCACUUCAUGCCGCAACAUUCCAGGAGCAUGGAAAGAUUAUAAUGCUUCUUUUAGAAAGACACGCUGACCCUGAAAUCCAUGACUCUGAAGGAAGAACACCAAAAGAUUUUGCUUCAGCUUCAGACAAGAUUUGGCCUCAUUUUGCAGCCCUAGGCUGUACCAGGACAAAAAAACAGGAUCUCAUUGACAAAGGAAUCAUAAGAAAGUUAACGAAUGAUGAAAUGGAUAUUACGAAAGCUGGUAUCAGACCUGGGUCUUCAUCAAAACUAGCUGCUUUUUCAAGACCAGGAUCAGCAUAUGUACUAAAAAGAGAUCCAUUUUUUAUUGGAGAUUCAGGAUCAUCACCUACAGCUAAUGAUGUUUUGGGUACUAACUACAGCAUGGACAAACCAGCUGAAACUAAGCAGGAAAACCAGCCUACAUUCUCUGUAUGGAGAUCUUAAAGCAAACAUGGUGCAUCAUGGUCUAGCUUGAGUACAAACCUUUUCCUAACAAAGUAAGCCAGAUACAUUUUGGUAUAGUUUGUGUACAAAACUCCUUUUCCUCACCAAGUAAACAUGAUGCAUUGUGGUCUAGCAUGGGUACAAAACUUCUUUUCCUCACCAAGUAACCAAGAUGCAUUGUGAUCUAGCGUGGGUAAAAAACUUUUCCUCACCAAGUAAACAUGAUGCAUUGUGGUCUAGCUUGGGUAAAAAACUUUUCCUCACCAAGUAAACAUGAUGCAUUGUGGUCUAGCUUGGGUACAAAACUUCUUUUCCUCACCCAGUAAACAUGAUGCAUUGUGGUCUAGCUUGGGUGCAAAACUUCUUUUCCUCAUCAUGCCUAAUUACAUGAUGGUUUCUUCCAUACAAACCCUGUAAUUUUAUUCCUCUCUGACCCCUUCCCUCCAGAAUUACUAGUUUAAUUAGUACUUUUUCCUGGGCAUAUUGUGUGCAUUCUGAUGAUUUAAAGAGUUAUUAUAYUUAUUAACAUGUCGUUACAUUUUAAGAUUAAUAUAUUUUACACUAAAUUAUUAGAAGAAUAAUUCUAUAAACUUGUACAUAAAA